GCAUUCCUCUGUGGCAGGAGUAAGAUGAGUCUAGCCUGGACCUCUUCUUGACCUGUAAUUCACAGGCCCACAGGCCCAACGCAGCCACAGGUUGCUUACAGGGUUACCAGACAGUCGGCCCCAUGCUGAUUGAGUUUAACACGCCUGUGGACCUGGAACUUGUGGCGAAGCAGAACCCCAAGGUGAAGUUGGGCGGCCGCUAUGCCCCCGGAGACUGCGUCUCUCCUCACAAGGUGGCCAUCAUUAUUCCAUUCCGCAACCGGCAGGAGCAUCUCAAGUAUUGGCUAUAUUACUUGCACCCAAUCUUGCAGCGCCAGCAGUUGGACUAUGGCAUCUAUGUAAUCAACCAGGCUGGAGACUCCAUGUUCAAUCGUGCUAAGCUCCUCAACAUAGGCUUUCAAGAAGCCUUGAAGGACUAUGACUACAACUGUUUUGUGUUCAGCGAUGUGGACCUCAUUCCAAUGGAUGACCAUAAUGCUUACAGGUGUUUCCCGCAGCCCAGGCACAUUUCUGUCGCAAUGGAUAAGUUUGGAUUUAGCCUACCUUAUGUUCAGUAUUUCGGAGGUGUCUCUGCUCUAAGUAAACAACAAUUUCUCACCAUCAAUGGAUUUCCUAAUAAUUACUGGGGCUGGGGAGGAGAAGAUGAUGACAUUUUUAACAGAUUAGUUUUUAGAGGCAUGUCUAUAUCUCGCCCAAAUGCUAUGGUUGGGAAGUGUCGCAUGAUCCGCCACUCAAGAGACAAGAAAAAUGAACCCAAUCCUCAGAGGUUUGACCGAAUUGCACACACAAAGGAGACAAUGCUCUCUGAUGGUUUGAACUCACUCACCUACCAGGUGUUGGACAUACAGAGAUACCCAUUGUAUACUAAAAUCACAGUGGACAUCGGAACACCGAGCUAGCAUUUUGGUACAUAAAUAAGAGACCUGAAAAUACCAGGGACCUCUGCUGUGUGUCCCUGCCCAUCUGCUGGGCUGGUCCCUCUCAUUUGUAUCAGUCUGAGUGAUAGGUCCCUUUGCUCACCAUUCAGAUGCCUUUCCAGACGACCAGGACAUGUGGGGUAUUUUGCCCCCAACUUGGCUCGGCAUGGGACUUCUUAGCUCUACAAGGUGUUUGUCAGUGUAGAAAAUGUCCGCUUUUGGGGAUUCUUGACAUGUUCACAGUGUCACCCCCAAGAGUCCCACAUUUGGCGACUGUGGGACUCAUUCCCAGCGAUGAAACUGCUAAAUUGUGAAAUAGGCCAGAAUUUCUCUUGGUUGUGGUGUUCUUACUACUUCAUGAAAAAUUCGAGAGUGCUGCUGAAAUAUGAUUGGUGUGAUAUUUUUUAGUUGUCAUAUUUUAAUUUAAAAACACAAAAUUUCAACCAUUCUCAUGCCCUUCCCCCACCACUACCUUCUUUCAGUGGUAUGCAACUAUUACAAUCACUGUGUGUAUGUCUUUUCUUAGCAAAAGAAUUUUAAAACUUGAGCCUUGGAUCUUUUGUCCUGCUAAUGUGUGAAUUCCAAGGCAACGUUAGCCAUGAGAGCAAAAGCCUUUGUGUGUUCUCACAUUCAGUGACCUGUCUUCAGAUUGUCUGAUUUCUGAAUGUAAAGAUUUUUUUUUUAUAGCAGUUUGUAGUAUUUUUAAAGAAAACAAUCAAGUUCUAAUUAUGGUCUAGCUUGAUUUUUGUGUUGAUCCAAAUUUGCAUAGCUGUUUAGUGUUAAGUCAUGACAAUUUAUUUUUCUGGGCAUGCUAUGUAAACUUGAAUUUCCUAUGUAUUUUUAUUGUGGUGUUUUAAAUGUGAGGAGGGGAUUGAGCUUUUUUUUAGAGAAAAACAAUGUAUGCUGUAGUGGCCACAAAUGGGCCUAUGAUUUAGCUGGCAGGCCAGGUUUUAUGAGGAGCAAAAUCACCUGGUCCCUUGACGGGCAAGUCCUCCUGGUCAACAUUAUCCUGCCAGAUUAGGGCGGAGGCCCUGGGAGGAUAGAAGCCUCUGCCUACCUGCUGUGCAGAACUCCUCAGGGGGCAGGGCAGAGGGAACCUCAACCUCCUUUGACUGACCCCUCAGGGCCCUCGCUGUGGGGUUGUAAAUAACAGCAAUCAGGUUGUUUACCAUCCCUUUGUACCUCCCCAGGUGGAAGGAACCUCUGUUCUGGUGGGGGCCACCUCCCUCGAAGGCUCUGCCAGCCACACUCCCUGGCCCAUUCUGUAUGACCAGUCCUCCUCUCUCUCUU